AUGAGUGAGCAAAAGAGGAUCCACCGAGACAAGGCCUCCUUUGAACGGCGUCUGGCUCAGUUGAAGGUCCAGACCGGGCGUCUGGAGGAGCGUCUUCCCCACACCGUGAGCUGUGAGUCGCAGAGACAGGUCCUGGAGCUACUGUGUAAGGUCCAUGAGCUAGAGCUGGACCAGGCCGAGCUGCGGUCUUCGUCUCUGCUCAAAGACAGUCUGCUGCGGAGGAAGGACCAGGCCAUGCAGCGCUUUGAGACACACCAACAGCUCUGUGACCAGAUCAUCCAGGGACAGAGGCUCUUCAUCAGUGAGCACAGUUUGCUGGUGCCUCCUCAGUUGCAGCAACUUUAUGAUGUUUACACAAAAGAAGGCGACAACCGGCGAUUUGAGCGAGCGCUGGCUUUGGACACUGCACGGUUCACUGUCAAGGAGCGCUCUCUCCCAAAGAUCUCAGUCCCACUCCAGAGCAGAGACCAGGAGAGCGUGAGGACCGUGAUGCUGGAGCUAGGACCAAGCAAACACCGGAGACACACACUGCCACCGAUCCACACAGGACCUGACCUGGACAGUGUGUUAAAAAAUAGCCCUCACGCUCACAGUAUAAAAAACUCCUGCAUUGUCACUCCACCUCCCAUCCACAUCGACGUAGGGCAGUCUGAGCAAAGCCAUCCAACUGAUGAGAGACUAAAUCCUACUGCUCAAGAGUUCCAUUCGGCACUGCCACAAGACAAGCAGGUCCAAAGAGACGAUGCAUUGCAGCGGCAGAGGAGGGGGCAGCCACAGACGCUUCUCCCCUCGCUCCUCUGA